GUGGUGCGUUACAUCUUUCUCAGUUGUAUGCCUGCUUCCUGACUUCAUUGCAUGAGAUGUCCACAAUCUCGAGAGAAAAUAUAUGCUCGAACUGUCUGAAACAAGCUGAUGUGCAUCUGAUAUGUGUUGAAUGUGAUUGCGUACAGCUAUGUAUUGCUUGCUACUGUUACGGUGCUGAGUCUGGAAUACACAAGAAAAAUCAUGGUUAUCGCGUUUCGAGACUAAAUUUACUGCCACACUCUAUUCUCGAGGGUUGGAAUUCUGAGGAGGAAUUGAAUCUUCUUGAAGCAUUGGAGCAGUAUGGAAUUGGAAAUUGGGAGGAUAUAGCUUUAAAAGUGGGAACUAAAAGCUCUGAAGAAUGCAUGUAUCAUUACUGUAAUCGCUAUUUGGGUGGAAUAUUUGGCCUGGAGUUGUUGAGUGAUAAUAAAUAUCCUUCUCGAAUUACAGAUCACACAAACCGCGUAGCGUUAUCUCCUAUGCAACCACCACACUCAUCAUUUAUUGAUAUUGAAGAUCAACAACUGUUGGGUUACAUGCCAAACCGUGGUGACUUUGAACGAGAUUAUGACAACGAUGCUGAGAGCAUACUAUGUAGAUUACAUCCCAGUUUUUCUCAUGAUGACCUAGAGGACGCUUUAAAAGUAGCACAAGUCAAUAUUUACAUGCAAAGGUUGCGUGAGCGUCAAAGGCGCAAAGAAAUUGCUUGUGAACAUGCUUUGAUUCCUCAUAUUCUAGCAUUUAUUCUAAACAAACGUGUAAAAAAACGUAUUCCUGUAGUAGAAAAACACAUUGGAAAAGAAUAUAAACCUGCCAGAAGUAAACAUCGCGGACGUCCACCAUCAAUGACAAAUAUAUCACACAACAAAUUAAAUAGUAAAAUAACACCCAUGAAAAAACUAUCUAACAUUAAUGAAUCUUUGAGUAAAAGUUCAUCUAAAAAGCCUUCUCCAAGUAGUUGGCUUGCUGCUCCAUUUAUUGUUCAGUCAUCUGAAUUGAUAAAAGGUGCACCAAUUGUAGUCAAUAUUUCAUCGAAUGUUGUAAAUAAUCAAGUGCUAACCGAUUCCAAAAGUAUAAAUCCAACUAAUAUCUACAAAGUUGAAUCAACAAACUCAUUGGAAGAUUUCAAUGGAUUUUAUUUAAAUGAAAAAUUAAAACCAUUUCUAAGAUAUUUCACUGGUAUACAAGGGAAACAUUUCAUGGAGAAUUUGUACAAAGAAGAAUUAAUUAAACAUGAAAUUAAAUAUUUACUUGAUUUACGAGCUAAAGGAAAAACACAAUUAAUGGGUAUAAAAAUCAAAUUCCCACCAUUGAAAAGUUCCAUAUAUCAUCAACAUCAAAUACAACGACAACAAAAUAUCUCUGGUCAAAGUACCGAACAACAAACACGUCAGUUACAUCACAACGUGAAGAAAAGACGUAAACAUCUAAAUACUCCAUGGUAUAUGAAAAUGCAACGUAAAGUUAAACAAUGUAAAUAAACGUUUUAUAAAAUGAAGAUGAUAAUCAUUCUCUCUAUCUCAUACUUUUUGUUUUGAUUUUACUGAGUAACUAUAACUAACUUUAUGUAUAUUUAUUAUGUAGAACCCAGAAGAGAUUCAAUAUUCAAUUUUUAUCUCAAUUCUAUGUCUAGUUGUAUACAAGAUUCAAUUGAUCUUUCUUCUUGCAUUUACUACUACAAUAUUAUAAUUCUGAUUAUCAUUAUUUUCUAUUUUGGGUUAUUUAAAGGCUAAAAAAAGAAAGAAAAUGUAUUUAUUGUACUGUUAUUAUUACUAUUAUUCCUAUCAAACUAUGUAUCUUCUGCAAUAAAAUUUACUUACC